GGAGGGCUAGGAGGAAGAGAGAGUGACAGGAACGAAGAGAAGGAAAGAUGAGGAGGUGCACAGCAAGGAGGGAAAGAUGGAGGGAAGAAGAAGGAUGGAGAUAGAAUGUGAAGAUAAGAUCAGGAGAGUUUGGAGAUGAAAGGUUGCGGAGGAAAGGCACCAGUAGAAGAUGUUCAACCCUCAGGAAGAGACUGGGAUGAAUCUUUCCAUCCUGUCCUCCAUCCUGCUGGUCAUUCCUCACAUCCAGUCCUUCAACUACACAAAGCUGGCUCAAUAUGUUGACAAUCACCAAGAAGAAUAUGUAGAGGCUCUGCGAGAGUGGGUGUCGAUUGAAAGUGACUCCAGUAAUGUCCAUAAAAGAGCAGAGCUGCAUCAGAUGAUGGAGGUGGCAGCACAGAAGCUACGGUCGAUGGGAGGGACGGUGGAGCUGGUGGACAUUGGCGAACAGGAGCUUCCUGAUGGGACGAUGUUGGCUCUCCCUAAAGUGGUGACGGCUCAGUUUGGCAGUGACGUCAACAAAAGCACAGUCUGCAUCUACGGACACCUGGACAUCCAGCCAGCAAAGCUAGAAGACGGCUGGGCUACAAACCCCUACAACCUCACCGACAUCAACGGAAACCUUUAUGGAAGAGGAGCAUCAGACAACAAGGCACCGGUUUUAGCCUGGAUACAUGCUGUGGAAGCGUACCAGGCCCUCAGCAUGGAGCUGCCAGUGAAUGUGAAGUUUGUCAUCGAGGGCAUGGAGGAAACGGGUUCGAACGGGCUCGAUGCUAUGAUACUGGCUCAGAGAGACACCUUCUUCUCUGAUGUGGAUUAUUUCAUUAUUUCGGACUGUGGCUGGCUCAGCAGACAACCUGCCCUCACCUACGGCACCAGAGGUAACUGCUACUUCUUUGCUGAGAUCGAAGGCCCUAAAUUGGAUUUACAUUCAGGGGUGUACGGAGGAAGUGUCAUAGAACCAAUGACUGACCUGAUUGGCAUUCUUGACACACUAAUCAGUCCAAAUGGAAAGAUCCUGAUUCCUGGGAUCAGAGAAGCUGUAGCGCCCCUCUCUGACGAAGAGUGGAAAAUGUACCAGAAUAUCCAGUUUGAUAUUGACCACUACAAAAGCAAGAUCGGCGUCGGCCAGCUCAUGUACAGCAACAAGGUCGACCUGUUGGCCCACUUGUGGCGAUACCCAACGGUCUCUAUCCAUGGCAUUGAAGGUGCCUUCUCUGACACCGGCACCAAGACUGUUAUACCCGCUAAGGUCACUGCUAAGUUCUCCAUACGGCAAGUUCCCAACAUGGAUCCUGCUGUGGUCAAGAAGCAGGUAACAGAUUACCUUCACUCAGUGUUUGCAAAGAGAAAGAGUCCAAACAAGUUGAAGGUGACGAUGGUGAUCGGGGCCAAACCCUGGCUGGCGGAUACUCAGCACCCGCUCUAUGAGGCCGGGAAAGCUGCUGUCCGGAGAGUUUUUGACCUAGAUCCUGAUCUGAUCCGUGAGGGUGGGACCAUCCCCAUUGCAAGAACCUUGCAGGAUGUGACAGGAAAGAGUAUCAUCAUGUUGCCUAUCGGAGCCUUUGAUGACGGGCUGCACUCCCAGAAUGAAAAGAUGAGCAGGUAUAACUACAUCGAGGGAACCAAGUUAUUCAUCGCCUACCUGAAUGAAGUGGCCCACAUUAAUUAAAGCAGUGGGUGAUGUUUGGUUCGGAGCUCACUUUGUGUUUUCUUGUUGCUUUAUUCAGAAACCAAGUCCACAGUUUCCACUUUGUUUCAGAUAUAAAGUAUUUGUACCUGUGGAUCUUCUGCAGGAAGAAGCAGCUUUGUCUUUCCAUCCAAGUCAAUUUAAUUGUGCUAUUAGAAUUUGAAAUCAGCAUCUGUGUAUUUUUCACUUUCUAUAUUUUGCUCCAUGAGGUCAAACUGUAAAGAUCACGUGAUAAAAGCAACAAAAACUC